AUCCCAAGCCCUCAACCGGACCUGCAACCACAAACAAGCCAAGCACAAGGCUAACAACCAACGUUAACACAGUGGGUCCCACCACAGCCAAACACAGCCCCGUUGUGACAUCGGCUGCCCAAGCCGGCGGAAACACACCCACAGGGUCCAGUGCCUCAGGGCUGGCUCCAGCCACAGCCCAGCCGACCACAGCUACAGCGGCCAGCGACCAAGAUAAGAAAGCAGCCUCCGUCAGCGCGGCCACCACUGUGGGUGCCCAGAAGGGGAUCCAAACUUCAGAUCAGAUGACAGCUAUCCCGGCGACUACCCCGGUAAAGUUGGAAACCACGAGCAGCCAGAACGGGAUUAAAGUUACAACCCAGGCUGCAACUCAAACUAGAACCAGUGCUGCUACGUACAUCAUGACCACUAAGGGGACCCUUCAACCUCCACAUGGGGUUAACACCUCAGACGCUACUACUGUUGGUCCUUCCUUGGCCCCCCCAAUGGGCACUCCACAACCGACUCCGCGCCCUGUUACUCCGAAUCCCCUGGGGAGCUCUCCUGAGGCACCAAACAAAAUGACUACGGCUUCAAGUGGCCCAGGCAUGACGACAGGGAACACCAGCGCAUCUCAGGGGACAUCCUCCACACUCAUUACAGCACCACCACUGGUGGUUACUUCACAAGGAAGUCAGCAGAACUGCAGCAAGGUGACAGCCAUCACUGGGGCCUCUCCCUCCGUCACUGGGACCUCUUCCUCUAAGACUCUGCGGCCUGCUGUUCCUUCUUCAGGACCCAUGGCCACGCCGCCUGUUGGACCCACAGGCUCCAGCACUCAGUUGGCUCCAACUCCCCACCAACACUCCAAAACCUCUUCUCCCACCUCAGUGCUUGAGAAGACCAAGAUACAUUGCGAGCCUCCCGAACGGCUGAAUGAGAAGAUGCUCAUCCUGAACCUCACAAAAACCAGCCUCUGUGCGGUGAGCCCGGAGAAGCCUCCGGAUAACAAGCUGGUCACACUUCUGUGCCGAGCAGCAAAGACCAACUUCAACGCAAGUCAAGACCAGUGCGAUGUACGGCUGAUCCCUGUUCCAGAAAUCCAGGCACUGGCAAUCAAGGACAUCACUAUCCAGACCAACUUCCUGCCCCAGACCAUAUACGAAUCGCUGAAAGACAAGUGGGAUGACCUAAGGGAGGUGGGAGUCAGUAACAUGCAGCUUGGGGAUCAAGGACCACCGGAGGAGACCGAGGACCGGUUCAGCAUGCCCCUCAUCAUCACCAUCGUCUGCAUGGCAUCCUUCCUGCUCCUCGUGGCAGCCCUCUAUGGCUGCUGCCACCAGCGCCUCUCUCAGAGGAAGGACCAGCAACGACUCACGGAGGAGCUGCAGACCGUGGAGAACGGUUACCAUGACAAUCCAACACUGGAAGUGAUGGAGACCUCAUCAGAGAUGCAGGAGAAAAAGGUGGUCAACCUUAAUGGGGAGCUGGGGGACAGCUGGAUCGUCCCCCUGGACAACCUGAUCAAAGAUGACCUGGAAGAGGAGGAAGACACACACCUCUAAGCGGGUCUGCUGGCGGCCGCCCAGUGCACGGAGCUCCAGAUCGAACCACAAGUGCCAAUCGGACAGGGGAGGAGAGUCCUCCCCACUGGAGGGAAAGACUGCGGGUGGGGGGUGAGCAGACUCGGAGGGACCCGCCUCCCAAUCCCCACAGGGCCUUAAUUUUUCCCUUUCCAAGCUGAACAAAUCAUAUUCUGUCUAGAUUCCUCUUGUAAAAUAACCCACUAGUGCCUGAGCUCAGUGCUGCUGGGAGAGGAAGAGAAAUGAAAGAGCUGUGUAAGGGACUUUAGAGACCAUCUCGAAUCCCUUCCUUUCUCAGGUGAGAUGACUGAGGCCUACAGAAGGUAAGGUCAGGAUCACACAGCCGCUUGGAGUCAGCCAGGGUGAAGACAGGCUCCUUCUGCAGUCCGGUGCUCGCUCCCACCUCGCCACACUGCUCUGUCCCCUGCGCCCCCCCCCCAGCUGCCCCGGGCAGGGGUGAAGCUGCAGUCUAUGGAUGGCGUAGAAGGGAGAGCAGGGCCAGAUCCUGUCUCUGGGGGAUCUGCUUACUUGAAAGUAUAGGUCCCAAGUUCAGUUUCCUACCCCAGCCUCAUCUGUCAGUGUUCCCAUCCCCUUUGCUCUGCCCCCUCUCUUCACUCAGUUUUUAUUCCCACUGUCUCAGCGCCCUGGGACUAACGCAAGUCAUUCAUCACCCUGAGACCCUUGUUCUGAAUUCUGGUUUCUUGGCAUUUACUGAGAGGGGUUCAGACUUAACCCACACAAGACCCCCAGUGUGAACAAGGUCUGUUUAGGGGUCUAUCUACAGAGAACAGCAGGGGAGCCUCUCCUCCCAGGAUGGGUCCUAGCCCAUCACCCAAGGCGCUCCUUGAAGAGGCUCCCAAGUGUCCCUUUGGCCUCCCCUUUCCACUGGGAACUAAAAUCCACAGCAGCUACUGAAAGCAAAGUGUUCCUAUUUUGUUGCUCACUGCUCACCCAAUGGGGAUGAGACCCAAGCUAGGGAAACGCCCCCACCCCCCAAGAUCUGUGUGAAUGAGCAGCUUCAGGAAGGACUUUCCCGGGCCCUAGUCAGCGGAGAGGUGUCCUGACAGACAAUCAGUUGAAACAGCCAGGAAGGAUCGACUUGCUAUUUCAUAGGAAACUCAGGGACUUCUCAAGUUGCUGAGAGUUUUGUUACUUUGAUGUAUUUGUUUGUUUUUUUAAUGUAGCCCUCUACUGCCAAAGGCCAAAACUCAAAUUAUAGAGAGACUCUUAGUUAGGUAAUCUCAGUGACUGUGAGUCUCCAGAGCCACAGGGCA